AUGUCAAACUCACAUCUGCCCAAUUCCCACCCAGAUGUUACUCCAACAUGGAGACCUUACAAAUUCCCUAGAACCCCACUGCCUGAUGCGAUCAAAACGAGUCCAGUUGCAGACUCCGAUGGACAGAGAUAUAGUGGCAGUGUUCCACCGGACUGGUGCGGCAAUGGCGGACGGCGAUUGGCAGCCCAUGGCGGGUAUUGUGCCACAGUUCUGAUGAUGACAGCGCAACAAUAUCAUCAUGACCAGCACGGGAGCCUAGGGAACAUGGAGCCUCUUAAUAUAUCCGUGGAGUAUCUCGAACCAUUACCUCAGGGCCAAUUCGAGAUUGCUCUUGAAACUCUGAACAUAGGUAAACGCACUUCGACGGUUGAAGCCAUACUUAAAUCGGUGGAGAUCCAUGAACACAAGGUCUGCGCUAUUGCUAUAGUAAGGCUUGGUACGUUGAAAGACGAGGGUCACGUCACCAACAUACAACCUUCAGUUUGGCCAUUACCAGAUAGGACGAAGGAUUGUACCCGAUGGUCAGAUGCCAGUUACUACUACAUGAAUCCCCCCGCGUCGACGGUAAGGAUGUACACACCCAGUGGCGAGAAUGCGCCGCUGUGGAGUGAAAGGUUCGGAGGGCAGAAUACCAGAUAUCAGUGGGUGAAAUUGGACAAUGACGAAAAGUUCGGACUCGAGCACUUGCCUGUACUGGCGGACCUGGUUCCUCCAAUCUUCCUCAACUACGUCGAGGAUGGCAUGGAAGCCGCCAGUAGCUGGGGUAUACCCACCACCGCUCUGAACAUUAUGUUCCGUUCUGAGAUUACUCCACAUGAGUGGCUUCUCACUCGAACCACAAUGAAGAGACUACAUGGUGGGAGGUUUGAUAUGAACAUUGAGAUCCUCGAUGAAAGGGGACAACUUCUCGCUUCCUGCAUGCAGAUCUGUUCAGUAAUACCUCUUGCAAAAUCCACUUCUAAGACUGCAGGAAAGCUUUAG